AUGCUGUCCGCUGCACUGUUUCGUCACCCAGGUCGGCGCCACCUGGUGCUCCAGGCGCAAACAUAUGCCAAGGCUGCCGCUGCAUCUGCCCCCACCGCCGGGCCUGGACAGAUGUCCUUCACCUUCACCUCCCGGAUGCAGAUGUUCUUUGAUGGUGCCAAUGUCCGGCAAGUGGACGUGUCUACUCUGACUGGAGCCUUUGGCAUCUUGGCAUCUCAUGUCCCCACACUACAGGUCCUACGGCCUGGGCUGGUAGUGGUUCACGUGGAAGAUGGCACCACAACUAAGUAUUUUGUGAGCAGCGGCUCCAUCACUGCGAACUCGGACUCCUCUGUGCAAUUACUAGCUGAAGAAGCUGUGACACUGGACAACCUGGGGGCAGCCCGGGCCAACCUGGAGAAGGCGCAGUCAGAACUGUCAAGUGCAGCAGAUGAGGCAGCAGGGGCUGAGAUUCAAGUCAGUAUUGAGGCCAAUGAAGCCCCAGUGAAGGCCCUGGAGUAG